GACGCAGACACACACACAUAUAUAUAUACACAUACAUUAUGUAUAUACAUGCCCUCAAAGGCAAAACUCCAUUUCUGUUUCUUCAGAGCUCAAAGCCAAGAUCUCAAAGGCAUCAAAAUUUCAUGAUCUCCCUCGGAAGAUUCAGCCAUAAACCCUAAUCUGUAAAACCCUGAAUCCAGAGAUAAAUGGGUCGUGAAAAGUUCAACAACAUCGCGAAGAUCACGAAGCUUCUGGUGAGAUUGCACAGUUCGCCGUCGUUCUGGCUCUGUCUCCCGACCAAAGCCUGCCGUUCCGACAUAACCCGUCGCCGGAAAAUCAUCAAGCUCGUCAGAUCCGACGGCUCGUUCGAGAUCUACGACCGGCCGGUCGACGCCUCGGAGCUCAUGAGAGAUUUCCCCAAGCACAUGGUGUGUCGGUCGGAUUCUCUGUUCAUCGGCCAGAGAACGCCUUCGCUGUCGGAAUCCGACAGGCUUGAGCCGGGGCACAACUACUUCCUUCUCCCCUCCAGUUUCUUCCAGAACGCUCUCUCCUUCGUCGCCAUCUCCGCCUUGAACAAGAACCCUAAAAACGACGGCGUUCUCAUCAGAAACCGAAGAUCUUCGAGGAAUCAUCGCCAACCUUUCCAGAUACAGAAAGGGUCAAACGGGUCGCUGAGAAUCCGCGUGUCUGAAGAUUUCUUGUCGGAGCUGAUAAUGGAGGGAGGCGACAAAGCCGUACAAGACGAAGAAGAUGUACGGAACAGUAGGGUUUGUACGACGGUUCAGUUGCAGAAAGAUUACGCUCAGCUCGUGGGUUCACGUACAUGGAAACCUAAAUUGGAAACGAUAAAGGAGACGAAGACAAAGACAAGGGCAAGAGUCUCCAAGUUUCUGGUGAUGAAGAGAAGAAGCAGCAAAGAGAAGAAUCAUCAGUCUCGUCCAUUGAUGUCUGAAGAUGAUUCAAGCGCCAAACCUCGUAAGGUUCAAUCGAAAUCGAAAUCGAAAUCUAAGAACAGAAUCAGAAAACCCAUUUGUCGUAAAUAGCGGAAUCUGUAUUUGUUUUUGUAGAGAUUCUUGUUUUUUUUUUUGGGUCUCAUUUAGAUUUGUGUCACUGCUGAAUCAAAACGCAAAAAAAAAAAAAAAAAAAAAACCUUCCCCAUU